CCUCUUUUGCGGCAGAGCAGCGGAGAAGCAGCGAGGCAAUCGCCUGCGGUGGUUCGCGUGAAAGGUUGGAGAACGUCUGGGGUGAACUAAACUUUACUGUAAGCAUGCUAUGCUGUGCAGUAUACAGUAAAACGCAAUGGAAAUUAAAAGAAGAGGAAAAUGCGCUGGUGACGACGCGAGAGGAACGGCACUGCGUUCUGAAAACAGUGAGGUGCCGGCUACUGGGCUCACGAAGUAAAUCUUUACAAUGCAAGCUCGCGUAACACCUAUCGAGGCGAACGGAGUCACGUGCUCCCUGCGUUCUGUCGCCCGUCGGCUGUGUGCCAUUCGCUGUUGUUUUGAACAUGGAGAAACGGAUCGAACUGGAAAAGCGGGGCAAAAACCCCGAACAGAUACACGAGUUAAAUCUCGACAACUGCAGGAGCACCGCCAUCGUCGGUCUCACAGAGGAGUUUGUCAACUUGGACACCCUUAGCCUUAUUAAUGUUGGCCUCACAAGUCUCAAAGGUUUCCCAAAGUUGCCAAAUUUGAAAAAGCUUGAACUCAGUGACAACAGAAUUUCUGGUGGUCUGAACCUGCUCCAUGGAAGUCCGAAGCUCACACAUUUAAACCUAAGUGGGAACAAGAUAAAGGGAUUGGAGACACUGGAACCACUGAAAGAAUUCAAGAACUUGAAGAACCUUGACUUGUUCAACUGUGAAGUAACCAGCAUUGAGAACUACAGGGACAGAGUAUUUGAACUCAUUCCAAGCCUCAAAUACCUGGAUGGCUACGACAGGGAUGAGAAGGAGGCAGAGGAUUCCGAGGCAGAUGAGGAAGAUGGGAACGAGGAGGAUGAAGAUGAGAAUGAGGUUGAUGGAGAGGGUGAAAGUGAAGACGACGACGAUGAUGAGGAUGGAGAGGACGACGAAGUAGAUGAGGAAGACGGGGAGGAAGAUGGAGAGGAAGAGGUCGGUCUCGAUUACCUAGAAAAGGACGACAUUGAUGAGGAAAGCGAAGGGGACUAUAACCCUUACGAUGACGAAGAUGAGGAUGGCGAAGAGAACGCAUCACCAAAGGGACAGAAGCGGAAGAGAGGGGAUGAAGGGGAGGAGGACUGAAAUGUGUGGGGCAUGCUGCAUCCUUCGCCCCCUGUUCUUUUCUCAUUGUCACCCGUAGAAGCGUUUAUAUGUACAGCAACAGGCGAUGGUGUGCAAGGAAUUCACAAUCAUUGGACUCUUCGGCGUGCUUCGAUGGGCCCGCGGUCGUCCUUUCUGCAUCUUCGUCCUUUGUGUCUCCUUAUCCCAUAGCAUCCACACCCACUCGUCAUUAUUUCUUUGUUCCUUUCUUCAUGUACAGUUAAACGCAAAUUGAGAGCAUGCCUUCUGUUUGUACGGAAACGAUUACUUUUUUUCCUUUUACCUAUGCCACAGUCGUACACCUGUGUUACGGCGCCUUAAGACUUUUUUUAUUUAAAGCGGUGUGCGUACACAUUCCCUAAUAUAUUGAUGCGUUCACAUUCAGGGACGUGGUUUUCCCCAUCGAUACACAGGUGUGCGAGUGUGUGCUGGUACUCCCCUUGGGGGUACCACGUGUAAAAAGUACCUCUCAAAAGCCUCACUGUUGGCACGGUAUAAAGUCGUCACAUCACAUUGUCAUCCUUUUUUUUCCCCCAUUCUGUUUGAGUGCCUGAGACAAAUUUGUAGGGAGGGUUUCCGAAAGCGUGCCUCGCGGGCAUGUUUUCUUCUGUGAAAAAACAAACUGUUGCUACAGAUUGCAGACUUGCUGCUGUGCAGAAGUGUAAAUUAUCAACAGGGCUCGUCUAUGUUUGGUUCUCUUGUUAAAUAAAGUUUUUACGAAAGCUCGAUAUAA